AUGAAACAAGCAAAGCAUCUAUCAAACACUAGUAACAAAAAGACAACUGUUCCAGAAUUACCUUAUAAAAGAGGAUUACUGAAUUCACCACCUAAGCCAAAAGAAAAACGCAAUGCCAAGCUAACACAUGAUAAAACUGAACCAAUGGUCCUAAGGUCUCCACCCACAGGAGAAUCAAUUGUACGGUUUGCCUUGCCAAUACCAUCAAGUAAGACAAAGGAUUUUGUAACAAAAGAUGAAAUGAUGUGGAACAUUGCCAAGAAACUAAAGAUGGUUGUUUCUGCUUUGGAAGACACCUAUGGAAUUGUCAGUGAGGAUGAAGAAGAAGCAGUAAAACCUGAAGAGGAAGGUUUAUCUUUAUCUGUUGGUGAUGAUAUGAGUACAUUUUUGUUGUGCUGUGCACAAUUUGCAGCUCAGCUGGAUGAAACAGUUAAGGAAGAACAUAACAUUUUGGAGUCUCUUUUCAAGUGGUUUCAGCAACAAGUCAACCAAAUGGAAGAGAUAAGUAAAGACCAAAGUAUUUUAGAAGCAGAUCUUCCAUCAGAUGAUAAAUCACUCAAUGUAGGCAUUACACAAAUAGCAAAUCUACUACAUAAAUUUGAAGACCUGAAAAGUCGACUAAGAGUGCGUACGGGAUCCCUGGUGUCUAAACACUCGGAUAAAGAGACUCUAGCAGAAUCAAUGAAAAUUUAUGAAGAUAUAGAAAAGAAAAUUGAAGAAUUCAUAAAGUCCCACUCAGCUUUAGAAUAUGAAACUGUUUCUGAAACUGAUACAGAAACUCCUUCAGUGGCUAGUAGGAUGAAUGUGAUGAUGAAAAUAUUUGAAAAUCAGACAAAUAUGCUAGAGAGAACUUUAAAUAAUCAGAGUGUAAUUGAGACCAAAUAUAAACAGAUGGAAGCUGAUUUUCAAGUGUUACUAUUGGAGAAAAUCAUGCUGGAAAAUGAAAUACGAAAUUUGAAAGAAGCAGAGGUUGGUACAUGA